UUCUCAUUACUCAAGAGGGCCUGCUCUCUGCCCUUUUCUUCCAUAUUUGACACAAAAAGCACUCACCCAGAGAAGGGGAGAGAGAGAUAAAAUGCCAGCAAAUAAAGUUGAGCUUAGUUUAGGACUUUGAUGUGCUCUUACAAUGAAAAGCUGUUGAUCAAAACAUAUUAGUAUUAGUUUUAAGGACUGAUUGACACAGAGAAUUUAAUAUAGUGGAAUUUGCAGGCUGAAGCUGAAGUUUGAGGCUUUGUUUGUUUUGCUGAGAAGAUGGGAGUAGUUACAGUUGCUGAACUGAAGACAAACAUAUCUGUGAAGAAGUCUAGAGGUCAUCUUACUGAAUGGUUAUGCAACAGUGCUGCAUAGUGUAAAUUAAUAAAUUUUCCAGAACCUUGGCGUAGCUGGUAAAGUUGCUCCCAUGUGACUAGGAGGUUACUUGUUCGAGGCAUGGAAACAACGUCUUGCAGAAAUGCAGGCCAAUAUCUGAUGUUUCUAGUGAUCUUACAAUAAAAGUAGGAGCUGCCAGUUUUGCUCUUCACAAGUUCCCUUUAGUAUCUCGAAGUGGAAGGAUAAGAAAGCUGCUGCUUGAGGCAAAAGAUUCAAAGAUGUCAAGACUGAAUCUUCCUGAUCUUCCAGGUGGAUCUGAAGCAUUCGAACUCGCUGCGAAGUUCUGUUAUGGAGUGAACGUUGAGAUUACCAUAUCAAAUGUUGCAAUGCUAAGAUGUGCAUCCAGUUUCCUGGAAAUGACAGAAUACAUCUCCGAUAAAAACCUGGAAAUACGAACCGAAGUGUUCUUGAAGGACACAGUAUUCCCAAACAUAUCCAACUCAGUGUCUGUUCUUCACAGCUGUGAGAAACUACUACCAAUAUCAGAAGAAAUCAAACUCAUAAGUAGGUUAAUCAAUGCUAUUGCUAAUAAUGCUUGUAAAGAGCAACUUACAUCUGGUUUUUUGAAAUUGGAGCAUAAUUUCCCAUCCAAACCUAUUAAAAGCCUUGAUAUAGAGACAGCAUCGGACUGGUGGGGCAAAUCACUAAUUAUGCUGAACCUGGAAUUGUUUCAGAGGGUUUUGUCUGCAUUUAAAAUAAAGGGUCUUAAACAAGAUAUUAUAAGUAGAAUCUUGAUUAACUAUGCCCGAAAUUCUCUUCAGGGGUUCAUUGUUAAGGAUCCUAGUUUGGUUAAAGGAAGUUUCUUGGAUUUGGAUCUACAAAAGAAACAAAGGGUCACCGUGGAAACAAUAGUUAGCUUGCUACCAACACCGUCGAGGAAAAGUACAGUCCCAAUAGCCUUCCUUUCGAGUUUGUUAAAAUCUGCAAUAGUAGCAUCAGCAUCUACUUCUUGUAGAUCUGAUCUAGAAAGGCGCAUUGGUCUACAACUGCAUCAAGCAAUUCUUGAGGAUAUUCUCAUACCUGGAAAUGGGAAUGGAAACAACCAUAGCCCUCUAUAUGACGCUGAUUCAAUCAUAAGGAUAUUUUCCAUUUUCUUAAAUUUGGAUGAGGAUGAUGUAGAAGAUAACCAACUAAGAGAUGAAUGCGGAAUGGUUUUUGACUUUGACAGCCCUGGAUCUCCCAAACAAAGCUCAAUUCUUAAGGUUUCAAAAUUAUUGGACAAUUAUCUAACAGAAGUCGCACUAGAUUCAAAUUUAACACCAUUAAAGUUUACAGCACUGGCGGAGUUACUUCCAGACCAUGGCCGUCUAGUUGAUGAUGGACUGUAUCGAGCUGUAGAUAUUUUCCUCAAGGUUCAUCCGAACAUUAAGGACUCAGAACGGUAUAAACUCUGCAAAACUAUUGAUUGCCAGAAACUAUCACAAGAAGGCUGCAGUCAUGCUGCACAAAACGAGCGGCUGCCUGUACAAAUGGCAGUUCAAGUGCUGUAUUUUGAACAAAUCAGGCUGAGAAAUGCAAUGAAUGGGGGACAAAACCAGUUAUUCUUUGGGUCAAUGAACAGUCAGUUUCCUCAUCGUUCAGGCAGUGGAAUAGGAAGCGGAUGCAUUUCUCCGAGAGAUAAUUAUGCGUCAGUGAGGAGAGAAAAUAGAGAAUUGAAGCUUGAGGUAACAAGAAUGAGAAUGAGGCUUACAGAUUUAGAAAAAGAUCAUGUGUUUAUGAAGCAGGAGCUAGUAAAACCACAUCCUGCCAAUAAGUUAUUCAAGUCAUUUACCAAGAAAUUGAGUAAGCUCAAUGCAAUAUUCCACAUGAAAGAUUCAAAGACAGUAGUGGGAAAAGCAAAUUCAGAAAGUCGGUUUCCUUUUCAGAGGAGAAGACAUCAUUCAGUUUCUUGAUGCUGUAUUGAACUUGUGAAUAAGAGUGUAUAGCCCUUUUCUUUCUUCUUCUUUUGGAAUUGUGAUGUUUUUGUGAUCUUAGACUAAAUAUUUCCUAGUUUAAUAUCUGUGUUGACUGAAGCUGCUUCCUUGUCUUUUGAGUGUAACUUUGAAAGUAAAUACUCUAGCUUGUAAAUCAUACUUUAUAGGUAUACCUACCGUGUGAAAGUCCUCAGAGCC